UGGUGGUGGUGUUGGUGUCUCAGUAUCGCUGCUGCUGCUGCUGCUUUAAUGGAUGUGGAUGGUGUGUUGUUGUGUUCGGGACGUUUAAAACAAGGUUAAAGAGCGGAGAGCCGGGUGUCAGCGGGUCGGGCGGGUUCGGGCAGCGGUUCUGGCUCGGUUCGGCUGUGUGUUCGGGGCUGUGUGAGGAGUUUUAGCCCGCUGUGUGAGUGUGGAGGAGGAGGAGGAGAGGGCGCUGAGCUGCUGCUGCUGCUGUUGCUGGUUCUGUUGUGGUGGUUGUUGUUGUUGUUGUUGUUAGCUAGUUAUAGUUAGCUUAGUUAGCUGAGCUGGCUUGGCUGAGCUGGUUGAUCUGAACUCCAGCUGCUCUAAAGGCUGAUUUAAGCGAGUUCUGAGCCUCUGAAUCAGACACUCUGAAUGUAUCUGCCGUUACUGGACCGGGUUCCUGCCUUUAAGUCGUGUUAUUGCGGGCUGAGGACGGGUUUAAAGCUGGUAAUCUGUAGGACAGAGAGCCCUGGAGGAAGUGACUUAAGCUGUUUAGUGAGUUAGUUGGAAGUUUAACUCAGGAUGAGUAGAAAACACCAGCAUUUUAAAGGAGCUGAAGUGAGCUGCUGUGUGAAAUACUUUCUAUUCGGAUUCAACAUCAUAUUCUGGUUGCUGGGAGCGGCGUUCCUGGGUAUUGGACUCUGGGCAUGGGCUGAAAAGGGAGUGCUGUCCAACAUCUCGUCCAUCACAGACCUGGGCGGAUUCGACCCCGUGUGGCUCUUCAUUGUGGUGGGAGGGGUCAUGUUCAUCCUGGGCUUCGCCGGCUGCAUCGGGGCGCUCCGCGAAAACACAGUCCUGCUCAAAUUCUUUUCAGUUUUCUUAGGGCUCAUCUUUUUCUUGGAGCUGACCGCUGGAAUCCUGGCCUUCGUUUUUAAGGACUGGAUCAAAGACCAGCUCAACUUCUUCAUCAACAACAACGUCAAAGCGUACCGGGACGACAUUGACCUGCAGAACCUCAUCGAUUUCGCCCAGGAAUAUUGGUUAUGCUGUGGUGCCCACGGGCCAAACGACUGGAACCUGAACAUCUACUUCAACUGCACGGAGCUGAACCCCAGCCGAGAGCGCUGCGGAGUGCCUUUCUCCUGCUGCGUCAAAGACCCUGCUGGAGAUGUCCUAAACACACAGUGUGGAUAUGAUGUACGGCUUCAAGGAGAGCUGGCUCAGCAGGAGUUUAUCUACACUAAGGGCUGCGUGGGUCAGUUUGAGAAGUGGCUGCAGGAGAAUCUGAUCGUGGUGGCUGGAAUCUUCGUGGGUAUUGCACUAUUACAGAUCUUUGGCAUCUGUCUGGCCCAGAACCUCGUGAGUGAUAUCAAAGCGGUGAAAGCGAACUGGUGACCCGCGGCUGGCCUGGAGAGGAGAAGCCGGGCUCUGCGGGCGACGUUCGGGACCUGUGUGUCGCGUGGGUGGCGAAAGAGCACUGUUUACACGCCCACAGAGUGGAACCCCCUCUCACAGCUGUUCUCUGGAGCUUUAUGUAAGCUGAUGUUACAGAAAUAGUGACAUUCUGUCUCUCUCUCUCUCUCUCUCUUUCUGUCUCUCUCUCUGUUCGUCUGUCUGUUUGUUUCUUUCUGUCUCUGUCUUUCCAUAUAUCUUUUUAUUUUAUUCUCCCACCACUAUAUUUGUUUUUGGUGGGUUUUUUUUUUUUUUUUUUUUUUUUUUUAAAUAUGCAAGCUCCUACAGAGAGAGCUCCUGUAUGGAAACGAAAUGAAACGAAACGAAAGGCGACGGACGUGGAGCCAUGUUACAGUCCACGUUAACCACUCUGCACAUUCUUAAAAAAAAACUCUUCAAUAGCCACUAAUCCUCCUUCCAUCAAUCAACCUGUGGAGAACCGUCCUGGUCCUAUGCACCUGCAGAAGACAAUUUAAAGCUCCAUUGGACUUUUAAGGCUUAAACAAUGGAGCUGUACCAGGCCUUACUGCAAUGCACGUCAUUGGGAGGAGGUGAAGUUAUAUAAUAAUCCAGCAUUUACCUGUUCUUCUGGCUGUCAGUCACGUUGAUUGACAGGUGGACGGAUGGAUCUUUGACCUUUGACCUUCGACGCUGACUGGACUUCUGUUACACAGAGCCGUCCAGCCUGGAGUCUUUGUACUUGAAAACUGACACAAUGCAUUUAUUAUGUUUGCAACUUCUACCACUACACUUGGAGAGACGGAGCAGGUGGACGAUGCUGUUGUUGUCGUUGUGUUGUUGUUAUUUGUACAGCUAUGCGUUUUUGCUCGAUUUUUACGUCUAUUAAUUGUCGUUUGUUUGAUUGUUUCAUUUUCAGCCAGCGAGGAGAGAUUUCUUAGCUAAUAUCCAACGAGUCUUGCUUCAGAUAUAUAUAUAAAAAUAUAUAUUUUUCUUUGUAUUUUAUUUUAUUUUUAUUUUUUGUUUUGGCUAGAAAAUAUAAUAAUAAUAAUACUUAUAUUAAUAAUAAUAGUGAUAUGCUCUAACUUCGUCUGACACAUUAAACGAGUCCUGUUGCGACAUAAACGAUGCUGCUUUGACUCUUAAAGAUUAGUAGACUGCUAAUGCUAACCCAGAGUAAUCUACACUAAACCCGAACAGAGAGUCCACUGAAAUAACUACAGCCCCAGAGCCACCUUUUACACCAUGUUCAUCACUUUAAUUACUGCUGCCUGCCCUGCUUAUCAUCACACAUGGAUGUUCAUGCAUGCACACACAAACACACACACACAAAUUAACCAUACAUUCAUGAAUGCAUCUGCACACACACACACCUGAGCCCAUGUUUGGGAGGCAUCUGAGCAUAAUAUUGCAUAAUGAAACCCUGAGUUACCUCACUUUAUAAAAAAAGUCUGUAAUAACUGUGUAGUUACACAUUAACAAUCCAUGUAAUAACAGUGUAACUACUGGUAAAGUGCAUAUUGAUACAGAUUAAUUAAUUAAUAAGUUGCACAGGUUAAGUAAUUAUACAUGUUCUAUAUAUCAGUCUUAGUUAGACAUAGCAGAAUAUUGUGUCCAUCUUCCCAUGAUAAAAUACCUCACAAGCUGUUGGAGAAAAGGACAUUUACACACAUACGCAUGUAAAAAAAAAUACAUUCACUCUAUUUACAUACCGUAUUUUUUGGCACUUUAAGGCAAACGUUUAUUUUAUGGUAUAUUUUCAUGCAUAAGGUGCACCGAAUAAUAAGAUGCAUUAUGCGACACUAGUAAGGAACAAGGGUGUCGCCAUGUUUUCCUUCUAAUUCAUCAGGUCUCAAUCUUUACUCACUGAAAACUGUUUAUUUGGGUAAGUAAAGAGCAUUCGUUUAUUUAUAGUAAGCUUAGAUUUCCAGAUAUCCACUAAGGCUGGGUGCAGCAGCAUUAGCGGCUAAAUCUUAGCGGCUAAUUGCUAGCGCUAGCUGCGGUUAGCGACUUAUGCUGCUCUACACUGAUGAACCCUGUGUGUUCCGGUAAGCCAGGGUGAUAUUAGCUAGCGGUUUGUCCCACGUAGCUUGUUUUAACAUGGUGAACACACAGACUACAGUCCGAAAUACUCGCCUCUGAAUGGCGAAAGGGCUAGCGCUUUGCACGGUUAGUGGCUAAUGCUAAUGCUGCUCCAGCAGGGCUAGCUGGGAUUAGCAGCAGGCUACAUUCCGAUUACACUCACCUCUGAAUGGCAAAAGAGCUAGAACUUAACAUGCUUAAUGGCUAAUGCUAAUAAUGCUGGAGAACUAAACUGAAACUCCUGUAUAACUCUGUACUUCAGCUACAUGAGAGUGGUUUUACUGCUCCUUAAUACCUGACUGGUAGAAUUCAUACGGAAGGCGCACCGGAUUAUAAAAUGCACUGAUGAUUUUUGAGAAAAUUAAAGGAUUUUAAGUGCACCUUAUAGUGUGAAAAAUAUGAGAAUUGAGAGACACAAACGAUUAUUUAACCUAUACAUCUGUAGUAAAGCUGUAUCAGUAGGUACUUCACCAGUAAUUACAGUGUACAUGGAUUGUUAAUGUAUAACUGCAGAGUUAAGUUUGGCAGAGUUUACUACAUUACUGUUUUAAAAAAACUUAAAAAUUGUAGAUCCUCUUGAAGCUAUUUUAAAACCCAGUUCAUACUCAAAUCAAAUCAGAUUUAUUGUCACAUCACAGACUACAGGUGUACAGGCGAGUAAACUACAAUUAACAUAACAAUAUGCAUAAUAACUUACACUAUAUACAUGUUAUUGCACUGUGGAUGUGAGUUAACUAUAACUGAAUAUGUUAAUAUUACAGUGCUAUAUAUAUAUAUAUAUAUAUAUAUAUAUAUAUAUAUAUGUGUGUGUGUGUGCAAGCAAUUACUCCAUUUGUAAUCUGUACUAAAUGUGUAAUACAAUAAGGCCUAAAAAUAGUGAAGCUUAUUAGUAGAAUGGAUAUUAAUAAUAUGCAUCAUUAACAUUAAAACUAAUCACUGCCAAAUCAUUGUGAAGUUCAAUUUUAACUAUUUGUUUUUAAAACAAAUUGUGUUGUGUUGAUUUUCGUAUGUAUAACAAAAAAGUUGACACAGAAUAACUAAACAAGAUCAGCUCAUCUAAAGCUAGAGCACACUAAGAACAUCAACUGUCCAAACAUCUCCUCCAAUGUGACAAAUAAUCCCUCCAUUCACAGCCUUUUUAAAUCAAUUAAUAAACAAUCUGUAGUCCCUUUACACCCUGUACUCAUCAUACAGCAAAUAUACACAUAAAUAUACACAUAUAGGAACUUUUUAGGUAAAACAGACUCUCAGCUACAAAACAUAGACCAGCUUUAAUCUCUCUAAGGCAGCUAUAAUGUACAGGUAUUUGUGUGAUCAACUGUGAAUGAUGAUACAGCUGAUGAUGAGGAAGGGUCCAAAUUCAUUUAACAAUUCAUGUGUUCACUACUGGUUAGUUAAACAGUUCACACCAAGAAUUACUAAAUACAGCGCUUUUAGCCGAUGCCCCCAACAGGCUUACAGUGCUAGUGAUAGGGGCAUAGCCCUGCCCAUGCAAAAAAAAUCUCUAUUUUUACACCAUUAACAAGCUCAAAGUAGCUCCACACUUCAUUGGUAGAUUGCACAGAUUUUUCUGCUUAUACACACAGUACCUUCAGGUAGUUUUCCAGGAACCGCACUCAAAAUUAAAUCACGAUAAUUCGACUUAUGAGCACAAAACAAUGGAUUUUCAAUGGAUUUAGAAUAUUUUUUGCGCUAUAAGGCGCAUUUUGUAAAAAUGUAAAAUGUGACUUUGGUAAGGAACAGAGGUGUAGCCAUGUUUUCCUUCUAAUUUAGCAGGUCUGUAAACCUGUAAAGCUAAGCUAAGUUAAGUAAGCAAAACUAUAAUUCUUAAAAAAAAUAAAAAAUAAAAAAAUCAGACAAGUCAUACAAGUGCUGGAUGUUAAUAUACACCGAUUUUUCUCUUUAUUUUGGUAAGCUUUACAGUAAGCUUACAAUCCCAGCUAGCGCUUAGCGCUGUUAGCAGGUAAAGCUAAUGCUGUUCCAGCAGUGCUAGCCGGAGUUAGCAGCAGGCUGAUAUGCUGAUAAUACUUACCUCUAAACGGCCAAAGAACUAGCGUAUAGCGCGGUUAGCAGAUAAUGCUAAUACUGCUGGAGAACUAAACUGAAACUCCUGUAUAACUCUGUACUUCAGCAGAGUGGGCUUACUGCUCCUUAAUACCUGACUGGUAGAUUUCAUAUUAAUUUUUUGAAGAAAAUUAAAGGAUUUAAGGUGUGCCUUAUAGUGUAGAAAAUAUGGUAGUUUUGCAUUCUGUUCUCAUAACAUAUAUAUAUUCGAUCAGUCUUAAAUAUCAAAAAUGUGGAGCUACUUUGAGUUUGUCAAUGGUCUAAAAGUAGUCAAUUCUUUGAAUAGGAAACUCUAAGCCCCCAUCACUAGCACUGUAAGCCUGUUGGGAGCAUCGACUAAAAGUGCUGUAUUUACAACCCAAGUCGAGUCACACCAGAUUUCUCCUUUAAGGCUUAAAUCUAAGCUCUUUAAACUUAACACUGAUUUUACUGCUUUAGAAACAAUCCACAAAAAAAACACACACACACAUUUUACUAUUGAAUGAUUGAGUUUGAACUGGAAUCUUCUGUGAAGAUGGGCUUCAGUGUGGUCUCCAUAUUGCUGUCCAGAUCUCAAACAACACCCAAGAACACAAUUCCUAACGUGUGUGUGUAAUAUGUGUGUGUGUGUGCAUGAACUUUGCCCAUCGACAGUUUUGUAACAUCUAGUUUUCUCACUUAUUUGAAGCCUAAUCCAUAAAAAAACAGCAGCAAAACCGAAGAAAGCACUUUCAGGUGUUUACUCACCUUCAGGCCAAACGAGUGUACUACAGCUUUUGGAAAAUAAAAUCUCUGCAGGUAAAAAAUCUAAAAGAAGCUAAAGAGAAGGCUGGGUGAAGCCACACUUGUGACGUAUCUGUGCUGUUGUGAUUCCUGCCAGCGACGCUAAAGGACCUGUGUAUAUAUAUUCUCAGGCAUUUCUGCAGGGUUUCUCUCUCUAGAGCCAUGGAUGAUGAUGUGAUGCUGAUGAAGGGUGGAAUAGACUCCAGUAGAGUGUUGGAGUCGUGGACGUAAGUGCCGUGUAUGUGUAGAGUUUUAUUAACAUGGCUGCAUGUCGCCAGUCUCUCUGUGAGGGAGUUCAAUAUCAUGCAUGUAAAACCUCUUCUGUUACCAGUCUGUUACAACUAGGGGUGUACCAGUCAGAGUUUAUGGCCUAUUGAAAUAUUUCUUCCCAUCCGCUCACUAGAAAUCUUCGUAUUACUCCAUAUAGUUUAUUUAACCAGGAGGAUAUAGAACAGAGGUCAUCAAUGUGGCCAACAAGCAUGAAACAUCUGGCCUGUGAGGUUGUCUGAACUAAAAUGAAAUGCCUCUCUGGAGAGCUUUUGUUUACAUGCCUCCCCUGUCUCUCUCUCUGUCGCGCUCGGCGUGACUUUAGUUUCCACCCUCCCUCUUUUUUAUUCUUGUUCUUGGGCUCCCUAUCUCUUUUUAUGGGCAUUUUUUUCCUGGCCGUGUCCCAAUUGACUAGCCAAGGCAACUGUAGUGUAUUAGACCACAACCCUGACGACACGGGUUCGAUCCCGCAUAAAGAGUGGCGUAAUUAUUUCUUUUUUUAUUCCUUUUUUCUUGGGUUUACCUGCUUUGAGAUCAACUGUUCUGCAAUUGGGUUCAACAACCAUCUGGGCUGGAGAGCUACUAGUCUGUAGCACUCCAUCCCAUUACACUUCAUUUUACAAAACAGAUUUUUUUGUGGCCUCAAAGAAGAUGCCUCCUAAUGUGAAUUUCUGUAAUUUCUGAAUUUCCGUUCCGCACGUCUGUCCUUUUGUGUGGGAUAUCAGACAUUCUGUGUGACUGAGUUUACUUUUGUUGUUGUUUUUAUUGAAGUGCAUUGCUCUUUUGGAUCAGAGGCUCUUUGGCUGCCAGAUCAGAACCGCGUUCCGAUGAUUGAUGUUUAAACCAUCAAACCUCUGGAUUUUCCAGAAGCCUUUUUGGGACAUCUGGGAUUUUGAAAGCACAUCUACACCUGUGGGGAUUCAGUUACACUGCUAAAUAAAGGUGCCAAAGGGGUUCUUUGGAACGAUGCUAAAGAAGAACCACUUUUGUUUUUUAUUUUCUGUUGAGUAUUUCAAAGAACCCGUAAACAGAUUUUUUACUUAACAUAUUGAGAAAGAGCAAAACUUGUUAAAAGACCACUACGUUAAAAAAGAAAACCUUUAGAUUUUGUUUUAUAAAGAUCACUUCAGUAGAGUUCUCUUCCCAUUCAAAGGUUGGUUGGUGUUCCCUAAAGAGCCUUCCAGUAGAGUUUUCUUUGAGUUCUAGUUGAAUUGUGUUUCCCUAAAGAGCCUUCCAGUAGAGUUUUCUUUGAGUUCUAGUUGGUUGGUGUUCCCUAAAGAGCCUUCCAGUAGAGUUUUCUUUGAGUUCUAGUUGGAUGGUGUUCCAUAAAGAGACUUCCAGUUGAGUUGUCCUUAGGCUCUAGUUGGUUGAUGUUCUCCAAAGGGACGUUCAGUUGAGUUUAAUAAACCACUAUUCUAAGUUUUUUAUUCUUACAGCACUUUGGGAGAAAACAAAAAAUUUAAUUAUCUAGUGAUGAAGAACCAUAAGAUGGUGUCCCUAAAAAGUUAUAUUUUAAAAUGUUGUAUUGUGUUCCCUUGAAGAACCUGGGUUCUUUAAAUUACUAAACUUUUAAAGGUUGAAUGGAGUUUCCUAAUGCCAGGUCCACACUACAUUACCUUUUGAGUCUGUUCACACUACACGACUGGUCCUUCAGUUGUUAAAACUUUUACACUACAUGACUGAUUGAUUGGCGACACAGGGUUUACACAAAUGACACAAUUUCUUGCUCUGAGAAAUCGCAGACUCAUCCGGCUAGCUAAACCCAUAGUUCUCUCUUUCUUUGUAAUUCCAUUGGCAGUAUGUAGCCCCUGCUCCUCACUCCCAGUCACCGACUGAGUCAGAUAUCUAGCAUGCCAAGUAUUUGCAAGGUGGCUCAGACUGGUCAGCAAUCAGUUGGCGGCGGCUCGGAGAGCUUCUCAAGCUUCCAAGCAGAGUUUUUGUCGCCGAUCGAAAAAACUGGACUAGUCAUGUAGUGUGAACCUGGCAUAAAUCAGUGGGUACCUCCAGAAAGUUAAGAUUUUUAAUCCAGCCCAAUUCUCAACAGAUAAAGCAAACGAAAAUGACCAAGUCCAUAUCUUAUUGAGUUAUUUGAAGAAACUAAUUUUUAGAGGUUGAGGGGUGUUCUCUAAAAAGAAACACCUGUUUCAGGCAGAAAAGAAAGGCGAGUUCUUGAAGACUGGUACCAGAUGGCCAGUAUCUUUACUUAAAACUUGUGGAGAAAGUGCAACAAAAUGUGGGUCUUCUAGAUGUCCCUGGGGGCCAAUUUGAGAACCACCAGGCAAAAGAAAAAUUUUAAUAUGGGUCCCUAUUGAUUUGAAGAACUUUACUCUCAAGGGGCUUUUCAGGUAACCACAAGAACAUCUGAGAACACCAUGGAGCAUUUGAAUGGAAGGUGGUUCUUUUAAAGGAUCAUGUAGUGGAUUUAUUUAGUAAAUCAUCCAUUCAGUGGAUCUUCUGGUUGUGUCAGUCUAACGAACCCAUUUUGGCACUGAUAUCGUUUAUCUACAGGGGUUGGACAACGAAACUGAAACACCCGUCAUUUUAGUGUGGGAGGUUUCAUGGCUAAAUUGGAGAUUGAAGGUUCAAUUAGCAGGGUAAGAGCACAGUUUUACUCUAAAUAUUGCAAUGCACACAACAUUAUGGGUGACAUACCAGAGUUCAAAAGAGGACAAAUUGUUGGUGCACGUCUUGCUGACGCAUCUGUGACCAAGACAGCAAGUCUUUGUGAUGCAUCAAGAGCCACGGUAUCCAGGGUAAUGUCAGCACACCACCAAGAAGGAGCAACCACAUUCAACAGGAUUAACUGUGGACGCUGUAAGAGGAAGCUGUCUGAAAGGGAUGUUCGGGUGCUAACCCGGAUUGUAUCCAAAAAACAUAAAACCACGGCUGAUCAAAUCACGCAGAAUUCAAUGUGCACCUCAACUCUCCUGUUUCCACCAGAACUGUCCGUCACCACAAUAAAUUAUUGUGGUCUAAAACCAGGUGUUUCAGUUUCAUUCUCCAACCCCUGUACAUGUAAACUCUGUCAUUUACACUACAUAUAUCUACAUACAUGAACACAGCUCUCCUGUUUAAGGUCAGUACGAUGUUGGAAUGACUAAAAAACUGAUAAAUGCACAUCAGGAGUGUUCUGGAGCAGAUAGUGUUUGUUUAAAGGUGAUUUAAAGGUUCUGCUGAAUGUUCUUCUCCUGCCGUAACUCUCGUCACUUUGCAGCGGUUUGAAUGAGAAAGUUGAAAGCCUUUAAAAUGUUUGUUUACAUCUCCCCCUGUUAGUUUUCACACGGACAGUUCAGACAGCCCCGUUUAUCACGCUGAUAAGCAAUUAAACUAAUUGCAACCUAUUAGCAUUAUGCAAAUUGUGCUAAAAUUGCCAUAAUGCUAAUUGGUCCCAAUUAGCUUUCAUUGGCUGUUAGCUGUGUUAGCGGUUGUGAUCUGACUGCUCUUUCUACAUUCCCCCCCCCCCCCCCUUUUUUUUAUUUGAUGAAUUCAGAAGUGUCCUGAUUGAAAGUUGAGAGUCUACCUCAUCGUGUAGCAAAUCCCAGUCUCAUAUCCGAGUGUUACAUUCCCCCGUUUACACACACAUUCAGUGUUUAAUCAGUUUAGCUUGAAAGCAAUCAGAAAAUAGAUUCAUCAGCAGACUCAGUAGAUGUUUAUAGACUUGGAUCGUUUAUAUCAAUGACUGUAGAAAACAUGGACACUGUGGUUGUGUUUCCUUUCUUCAGUAGAAAUUAAGCCCAAAUUAUGUUCCAUAUUGUCAAAUUUAAAAUUUGAGUCUUAAGUGCUUUAGAGAGCAGAGUAAGGGAGGGCGAUAUGGCCAUAAAAUAAUAUCACGAUAUUUCAUGGUAUUUCCGCAGUAAUGAAACUCUUGCCGAUAUCACAAAACACUGAAUUAAAAAAAUAUAUAUUUUUCAAGAAUACACUACUGCAACAAAAUUAAAAUUACAUUUUAUUAUUGCAUACAAUAUGAUUAAUUCAGGAGACAUUGCACUGUCCAUGCUUUUCUACAGUCAAUGGUUCAUACAGCUCUGGAAAAAACUAAGAGACCAAUUAAAAAUGAGGAGUUUCUUUGAUUUUAUCAAAUUGAAAUCCUCCUGAAUAUAAUCAAGAGGAAGAUGGAUGAUCACAAGCCAUCAAACCAAACUGAACUGCUUGAAUUGUUGCACCAGGAGUAAAGGCAUAAAGUUAUCCAAAAGCAGUGUGUAAGACUGGUGGAGGAGAACAUGCCAAGAUGCAUAUUGAGAACUGUGAUUAAAAACCAGGGUUAUUCCACCAAAUGAAUAUGAAUAUGAACUUGUUUUCUUUGCAUAAUUUGAGGUCUUUCGGAUAUUUCUCAUUUUCUGCAAAUAAAUGCUCUAAAUGACAAUAUUUUUAUUUGGAAUUUGGGAGAAAUGUUGUCUGUAGUUUAUAGAAUAAAACAACAAUGUUCAUUUUACUCAAACAUAAACCUAUAAAUAGCAGAAUCAGAGAAACCGAAGUGGACUGAUUUUUUUCCAGAGCUGUAGAUACAGUAUGUUAAAUGCAGAUGAUGCCAUUUUGAGUUAGCAGUGUUAGCCGUGUUAGAAAUGUAAGCAGUUAACAGUUUUAUACAGAUUUUGCCAGGUUUUGAUAGUGUAUAGUCCUUAUUUGGGUAGAUUUCCGGUCACAAGAACCAGAUUUUAGUAAUAUUUAGUGAUAUUCAUUGAUAUUUAGGUCACAUGGCCACUCAAACUGAGGAAGCUAGCUUGCUUCUUGCUACCAUAUUUUUAAAUCAAGCCAUACUGCAUAGAUGUUAGCAUUGUUAGCAUAGCCCAAAGUGAUUAGCCAGGGUCGUUGGGGCACUCCAGCGACAGUUUAGGCUUAGGAAGUUAGUUACGUGAGCUAAACUUGGGUUUAACUGAAGGUCACAUAAUCAAAGGUUCUUCAGACUGAGCUCUGGAUGAGCUUGAUUUGGAGUUUAGCCGUUGAAGCUGAAGCGUGUGCUUCAGAGUAGAGCCCUUACACUUACUAUUAGCGUUCCUCUCCCUCUCUGUGAUUGUACUAAUCCAAUGUAGUCAUCAUGCCUUUUGGAAAUUAUGAGGGAAUCAAUCUCUCUCUCUCUCUCUCUCUCUCUCUCUCUCUCUCUCUCUCUUUCUUUUUCUCUCUCUCUCUCUCUCUCUCUCUCUCUCUCUGAAUAAAUAAGAGUAUAAUUUAAAACAGUAGAAAUGAUCUUAUCGAUAUAUGCCUCUGCUUUAAUCAGAGGUCUUCUCAUCUUAUUUGUAACUUGUCUUUUUUAUUUUUAAAAGCAUCUCUUUAUUACAUUCUCAACAUGACUUGAUUGUGGGACAUGGUCUGUUACACUGUAUAAUAUGUUAUGAAAUAUGCUUCUUUUUCAUAUUAAAUAAAAAUGAUUUAUGACCUUUGAAAAAUGA